ACCGCCCCUCCCGCCGAGAGCGCACGGAGCGCGCCCGCGAGCCACCGAGGCCCAGCUCUGCAGGAAGGCAGCGGCCCUGCCUUCUGUGAGAAGAUGUCCUACGGAUCCAUCGCUGGCAGCGGCGGCCUGGGGAGCCGCGGCCCUUUUGGGGGGCCCUCCACACAAGGCUAUCAGCCCCUAGAGUGCACUAAAUGUUGGACUGAGUACGGAAUCCGUCAUUUCCCCUGCCCGUCGCCAGAGAGCAGCCUGCAGGACCCCUGUGUGGGCAAGAACGGGGAAGGUGAUCUGGGGCCGGCCGGUACGCCCAGAGGCCCGAGGGCCAGGAAGCGAGGGCCAGGGGUCGCCAUGGACGGCAGCGGGACACCGGAGCGCACCUCGCCGCCUGCUGGCCCGAGGAAGGACUUGGCUGCAAGGGCCCAUGGCCGGGUGGCGGGGCCCAGGGCCUCCCGGGCCAAGAAGAGGAAGCCCAACUUCUGUCCGCAGGAGACGGAGGUGCUAGUGGCCAAGGUCAGCAAGCACCACCAGCUGCUGUUUGGCACCGGGCUGCUGAGGGCCGAGCCCACCCGGAGGUACCGCGUGUGGAGCCGCAUCCUGCAGGCCGUGAACGCGCUGGGCUACUGCCGCCGCGACAUCGUGGACCUCAAGCACAAGUGGCGGGACCUGCGUGCCGUCGUGCGGCGCAAGCUGGGCGACCUGUGUGGAGCGGCCCUCGGCUCCGGCCCCGCCAAGCCCCAGGCCCUGGCCCUCACGCCCGUGGAGCAGGUCGUGGCCAAGACCUUCUCCUGCCAGGCCCUGCCCUCGGAGGGCCUCAGCCCCGAGCUGCCCAGAGCCACCCAGAUGGACCUGAGUGACCUCCAGGAACUGUUCCAGGAGACGUCGGCCAGCGUCUUCCGAAUCAAUUCCAACGUGACCUUCUUGGAGCAGAGCCUCCGGUCCCUGGGGACGCCAAGUGGCACGCAGGAGCUGCGGGACAGCCUGCACACGGUGCAGCAGCAGACCAACCACGCGAUUGCAGCCAGCACCAGUGCCCUGAAGCAGAUGGCUGAGCUCCUGCGGGGCUGCUCCCGGCAGGAGCGUCUUCAGCUGGACCGUCUGAAAACUCAGCUUUCAGACGCCAUCCAGAGCUAUGGAGUGGUGCAAAAGAAAAUUGCAGAAAAGUCCAGAGCACUGCUUCCCACAGCACAGAGGGUUGGAAAGCAGCAGAGUCCCCAGGUCCCAUUUGCUGAGCUGUCCGAGGACGAGAAGAUCUUUAACGGGGGCGACGGCGUGUGGCAGGCCCAGGGGCAGGUGCUGCUUCCGGAGAUCACCGAGGAGGACCUGGAGGCCAUCCGGCUGCGAGAGGAAGCAAUCCUGCAGAUCGAGAGUGACCUACUGGAUGUGAACCAGAUCAUCAAGGACUUGGCCUCCAUGGUGUCAGAGCAAGGAGAGGCCAUCGAUAGUAUUGAAGCCGGGCUUGAGGCUGCGUCCUCGCACGCAGAGGCGGCCAGUGAGCUCCUGGCUGGAGCCAGCCGGCACCAACCGACGAGGACGAGGCCCCCGGCUGCCUGUGGCUACCCCUGCGGACGCUGGACGGGCCGAGCCUGCCUGAAGCCGACCCCCUGGACCCCCGAGGAGCCUUCCCUGCGACCCCCUCCUCACCCUCCCCGGGCUGAGGCCUCGGACUUGGAACGGCAGCUGCUGGACUGGCAGCGGCAGCAGGGUGCCCUGCUCAGCUCCUGGUCCCAGCAGCAGAGCACGCUGAUGGCCCAGCAGAACCUGCUGCUGCAGCGGCUGGCCGAGCAGAGCCAGCGGCUGGCCGAUGGCGUCGAGGCCCUCAACCGGACCCUGGAGAGGCUGGUGGAGGCCCUCCCGACCCGGGGCGCCUCGCCCGCAGUCCCAGAUGGCUCCCCUGGGGGCGGAACAGCCUGCCGGCUAGCUGGAGGCUCCCAGGGCAGCCCCCAGGGCAGCCACACAGGCCAGGAGGUCUUCUCAGGGAUGAUCCUGAAGGUGGAGGAGGAGAUCUAG